UUUGGUAUACAGCACCCGUGUCUGGGUCUGCAAAAGUGAGCAUUGAUUGUGUUGUCUAUCUAUCUGGAAUGAAUGAGAACGAGCGAGUUCUAGACGAGGUGAGGGUUGCCCGGCUAGCUAAGCGUGACUUUUGUCUGUUGGAUUUGCCGUCAUCUAUUCUACCCAUCCACCACACGAACAGAGACACCGAUAAAACCUUGCUGCAUUUCACGAACCAUACCAUCGACAACGGCAGCGAGCCAGCGAGCCGUCCUAGUCUGCCUUGCUCGUCGCCUCAGCAGUGCUGGUCCGCGUGGCUGCAUCAGGCACCCCAUUCGUCGCACCCCGCCCCCGCUCACACCGCAUCACCCGCCGCACCCACAAUCGCAGCGCUGCAAUUUUGGACAUCUUUCCGGAUAACGCACUCCUGUCGCCUUCAUCCCUGUCCUUGGUCUCAUCGUCGGCUGACCGCGGCCUGUCAGUCAGCGGAGAGAGAGAGAGAGAGAGAGUUGGUUAGUUUGGACACGCACGUGUGUGUCUAUGCGUGUGUGGGUGUGGGUGUGCGCAGCUGACUUGAUGGCGGUCAUUCUGAAUACGGCGCCAAAGAAAAGUGUCAGCACGGUGGAUGACAGGGCGAUCACAUUGAACGGCAUACCUGCAGUGCACCACAACACAACACAACACACGUCGAUGUGUGUGUGUGUGUCUGGAUUGUCUUACUGAAGUCCGGCAGCGGCACCAUGAUGACCAUUCCCUCGGUGAAGUGGCCCAGCCACCGGUCGUCGGCCGACGAAGGCGGCCCACUCCUGUUGGCUGCCGGCAUGUCCAGGUCAUACAGAUCGACCGAUGCAGGCGGCCACGUGAAGUGACUCAACGGCUGCACACACAACACACAUGGCAUGGCAUGGCGGCUGAUGGGUUCGGGUGAGGGUCCACGAGUGUGAUGUGUGGGUGCGGUGGUACCUUCUGCAUGAAGAGUGCGCUUCCGACGUCCUGUCCCUUGUCGGGCGAGAAGCCGAAUUGCCCGAUGUGAAGAAAGCGCUUGCCCAGCUCAAAGCUGCACACACACGCACACACAAAUGACCAGGAAGCCGUGACGGAUGAGAGCGGAGGCUUUUAUGGACAUGCACCUGAUGGUGAGAAUGCUGCUGGCGGGCAGCGUCGUAUUGAACGAGAAAACGGAUGGCGCGCUCCUGCCGUCGGUGAAGCGCCAGUCUAUCCCCAGUGUGCUGAAGCUCUUGUCGGCCCCAUGAGACACACUCACCAUCUUCUACACACACACACACACACACACACAUUCACAGACACACACAGGGCCGUCCUCCCUCCCACAGCCACCUCACCUGUCCACGUUUGUCGAAGAUGUCCAGCUGCGAUGUGAGUGUGUGGACGAGUGGGUUGAGGUAGAAGGGCAAAGUGUCCUGGUACACCACAUGCUUGAUCGUCGACGGCGCGGAGUUGUGCAGGUGCACAACCAUCGACCCUACACACGCACACACGCACACACGCACACACACGAAUGACACUCUCAUGUCGGCUGGCUGGCUGGCUGCAUGCCGACUAUGUGACCUUGGAGCCUCUCAGGUCUCUUGGUCAGCAGGCUCCCUAUCUGCUGCCGAUCCACCCAGGCAUCCCGCCUCUCGUUCCCCAACCGAACUAUGGGCGCCGAUUGCAGAAGUGCCGCCGGCAAGCGAAACUCCUCUGCUCGCCAUGUGCCCAAAUGCGUCGCAUCUGACAGCCUGACACCAUUAAUGGUGGACAGGAAUGUGAAUGUGUGUGUAGCUAAUGUGUGUGUAUCUCUUUCUCUUUUGCGGCGUCACCUUGAGUGCGUAUAAGUCGCCGGCAGGUCUGUGCCGAGGAGGCUGUGGUCAGGGGGCAGCCGCAUGUGCACCCAGGAGCCGAGUGCAGGGGGGCAGGCCUCCAUGCGACGCGGCCCACCCGGCCGCAGCAAGGACUCGACCGACAUCCUGCCUGCCACACCACACCACACCACACACGCCCCGCCAUCUCAUCAGCAACACAACAUCAUCGCCUAGUCGUUCUUUCUCCCUCCCUCCCUCCCUCCCUCCCUCACCCUCUUUCUUUACCUGAUGUCUGCCGGCCUUGUGCGAGCUGUUCGUACCCCAGGACGGCUGUGAGGGUCAAGGCCAGCUCGACGUGAUGUGGCGAGGUGGGGUUGGGGGAGGGCACCUCGGCCGCAUGAAUGGCCAAAGACUUGAACGGCGACUCGGCCAACAGCAAGGGGUCGAGGAGCGACGCUAAACCGCUCUGCAGCACACCACACCACCCCACACCACACCACCAUAGCAGACAGAUGCCGCCGGCCGGUCUCUCUGUGUGUGUCAUUCAAUUGUGUCACCCACCUGUCCUCUGCACGGGAGCAGUUUGAGCCAUGGUGUGAGGUUCUCGGUGCACAGCGGCUCUAUCGGCAUCGAAGCGUACCGCACCUCGUGAGUGUCACUGCCGCUGCUGCCGGGCAUCUGAGUGCGAGUGUGUGCCCCCAUCACCGCUGCACUCGGUAGCGGCCAUCCGUGUGGCAGGGGGGUCGUGUGCCUGCUGACGUCCUCUACCGCCCCGAAUGUCGCACAGAGAAGCCCUCCCAAAGCGUGAACCAGAUGACGCCAACCCCUGCACACACACACACAUCCCCGCACACACAUGGGUACCGGACAGCACAGCUCAUUCAGGUGCUGCAGCACCCAUUCCUUGACCUGUGCAAGUGUGCCUUCUCCAUGUUGGCGACGAGCAGGCCGCCGGGCGGCGUCACCUCCACCGGCGGGUCGCCCCACUGGUGGUGCUUCCAUCGGCCCUGGGUGAGCGAGGCCGUGAACCCUGCCGUCGGGAUGUGCGUGAAGAUCCGGCCGAUGCUCUUGGGAAAGAUGUCAUAUAAACCAUCUGCAGAUCAGAAGCAGAGAGAAAUGCAGCCAUUCAGGGGAGAUGGUCUGUUCGCAUGGUGUGUGUGUGUGUGUUCUUGCCCUUUUGGAUGGAUCCCGUGAGGCGAAAGUCGAAGUGCGCGAGCAGCUUGCUGUCGCUGAGGAACUGCACAAGCACGUGCUCCGAGAACAGAUCCCCCGAUGCCGCAGCUGCAGCAGCCGCCCCUACUACCAAAUCCACCAAUGCCCAGGCCACCAGAAUCAUCACGCCUCUCAGCAGUACUUCAACAACGCCCGUCAAUGCCUUCCGCGCCCUCAUCUCGGCAGAUGCCGCUGACCAACUUGCUUCUACUUCAUCAGUGUCUGUCACAGAAUGCACGAAAAGCCGU